AUGGCUGCUGUCCAGCUCGCCAAAAAAGCCUUCACCGUCCCUCCGACAGUGCGCACGCUGCCCUCGGGCGUUCCGAGCGCGUCGCUCAUCACCUUUUCCGCCCGCGAGCCUGCUGGUCACGGUCAUGAACACGGACACUCUGCUGCCCCCCGAAGAGAUGCUCCUUCAAAGUGGGUGGGAAGUGUGACUCAAAGCCAGUCAGCGGGGCUUGUUUCGAGGCUGAACUUCACCGCACCGACCACGGGUGUUUUCCAGAAGCGCCUUUUGCAUGCCUCCGUGCCCGCGAAGGACGCGCCGCAGGUCCCUGACUUCUCACAUCAUGAGGCCAAGUCAGAGUCAACGAACCGCGCGCUGUCGUACGUGAUGGUGGGCUCGCUCGGCGUGCUCUCCGCCUCAGUCGCCAAGUCCACCGUCACGGACUUCCUCUCCACCAUGGCGGCAACGGCCGACGUCCUCGCGAUGGCGAAGGUCGAGAUCGAGCUCGCGAGCAUCCCCGAGGGCAAGAACGCCAUCAUCAAAUGGCGCGGCAAGCCCGUGUUCAUCCGCCACCGCACGGCGGACGAGAUCCAGGAGGCGCGGGGCACGAACUGGAAGUCCUUGCGCGACCCGGAGAGCGACGAGAACAGGACGAAGAAGCCCGAGUGGCUCGUCAUGGUCGGCGUUUGCACCCACUUGGGGUGCGUGCCCAUCGGAGAGGCUGGUGACUAUGGAGGAUGGUUCUGCCCGUGCCACGGUUCUCACUAUGAUAUCUCUGGUCGUAUUCGCAAGGGACCGGCUCCCUUGAACCUCGAGAUUCCGGAGCACAGUUUCAACGACGCGGAUGGCCUUUUGGUCAUCGGAUGA